UUCUGCCGCUCCCCUCACCGCAGGAUGUACGGCAGCUGACAUGUGACAAACACUGACUGUCUGUGUGUUGACGGUCUGUGCUUGUGUCUGUUGACCGUUAAUGUCUGUGAACCAGCAGCGGAGCUUCCCUCUGUCUGACCCGGAGCUCCGGCACUGACCCGCGGGGCUGAGCUUGAAGCGGAGCCGACACUCGGGACUUUUUCUCCGGGAGCGACCGAGUCCAUCCGGCGGGUGAACGUGGACCGGCCACCGGAUUAAACCCGGUUCAUUGACCCGCCCCGAGGCAGCUGAAGCGGGACCACAGCCGCCGGACCCACCGCUGACUUAGCUCCGCUGCUAACAGACCCACCGGGUUAAAGGAGCAGCUUCCACCGCAGCUUCAUGGAGCCCAGCCCGCCGCCGCCCGCCGCCUCUGAGGAGGCUUAACCGCGGAGAGCUCGGCCUGACAGCUGCACGAGCUCCGGGAGAGGGCGGGGAGGGAGCGCGGACAUGGAGGAGGACCAGGAGGUGCCGCUCGUCAGCAUGGACUCUCUGCUGGAGCAGGCGAUGCACAAGGACCUGGGCAGGAGGCUCCAGGUGGGGCCGGACCUCCUGGAGAUCAUCCUGGACCCGGAGCGGUGUCCCGAGCUGGAGCAGGACCAGAGCUCCCUGGACAGGAUGGUGGACUCGGUGGCCAGCUCCUGGGUCAACUCCAGCAACUUCAAGGUGGUUUUGUUGGGGAUGGACAUUCUGUCGGCUCUCGUCACUCGACUGCAGGAGAGAUUCAGGACCCAGGUUGGAACCGUUCUGCCGAGUCUCAUCGACCGACUCGGAGACUCCAAGGACCAAGUUCGAGACCAGGACCAAGCGCUGCUGCUGAAGAUCAUGGACCAGGCCGCCAACCCUCAGUAUGUGUGGGAGCGGAUGAUGGGCGGCUUCAAACAUAAGAACAACAGGACCAGAGAAGGACUCUGUCUGUGUCUCAACUCAACAUUAAGCGUGUUUGGAUCUCAGAGUCUGACGCUGAGUAAAAUAGUUCCUCACAUCUGUAACCUCCUCGGAGAUCCAACGAGUCAGGUGCGUGACGGCGCCAUGAGCUGCCUCAUCGAGAUCUACCGCCACGUGGGCGAGCGAGUGAGGAUGGACCUGGGAAAGAAAGGUCUGCCUCAGUCAAGGCUCAACGUCAUCUUCAGCAAGUUUGACGAAGUCCAGAGGUCGGGGAACAUGGUCCUGUCGCCUGUGUCGGACAAAAACUUUGAGGAAGAUGACUCGGUGGACGCCGGCCGCUCCUCGUCCUCGUCCAAAGGAGCGUUGCAGUCUGGGAAGAAGACGGUGAGCAUGGGCUCAUUCCGCCGCCCGCCCUCCGCCUCCAGCGCCAAGGCUGCAGGGAGGGACGCUGCAGCCGGAGCCGUGGACGAGGACUACAUCAUCCAGGCCUUUGAGGACGUCCCCACCGUGCAGAUCUACUCCAACAGGGAGGUGGACGAGGCCAUGACCAAGAUCCGAGACGUGCUGUCAGACGACAAGAAGGACUGGGAGCUCCGAGUGGCGGCGCUGAAGAAGGUGCGGUCGCUGCUCCUGGCCGGAGCUCCAGAGUUUGACGGCUUCCUGCAGCAGCUGCGUCUCACGGAGGCGGCGUUCAAGAUGUCCGCCAAGGACCUCCGCUCCCAGGUGGUGAGGGAGGCCUGCAUCACACUGGGGCACCUGUCCCUGGUGCUCGGCAGCCGGUUCGACCACGCUGCCGAGGCCGUGAUGCCCAUUCUCCUCAACCUGCUCCCCAACAGUGCCAAGAUCAUGGCCACCUCGGGCAUCGCCGCCAUCCGCCUCAUCCUCAGACACACUCAUCAUCCACGACUCAUCCCCAUCAUCACCAGCAACUGUCUCUCCAAAUCUGUGGCGGUGCGAAGACGCUGCUUCGAGUUCCUGGACCUGCUGCUGACGGAGUGGCACACCAGCUCCCUGGAGAGACAUGGAUCCGUUCUGAUGGAGACGUUGAAGAAGGGGAUCCACGAUGCCGACGCCGAGGCUCGGGCGGGGGCCAGAAAGUGCUACUGGUCGUUCCACGGUCACUUCAGCCGGGAGGCGGAGCAGCUGUUCCAGGGCCUGGAGUCGUCCUAUCAGAAAGCUCUGCAGGCUCACCUGAGGAGCGGAGACAGCCCCAUGUCGCAGCCCACCUCCGACCGCUCCUCCUCCUCCUCCCAGGAGAGCCUCAAUCGCCCUCUGCUGGUGAAAAGCAGCGCUGGAAGCAGCACAAACAGAUCCAAACCUCACCACGCCUCCAGGCCGCCGGCUGCAGCCUCCUCUCCCGGCUCGCUGCAGCGCUCCCGCAGCGACGUGGACGUGAACGCCGCCGCCAGCGCCACGGCUCGAACCCGGAUGACCUCAGCCCCGUCCUCCUCCUCCUCCUCCCCCUUCAGCGCGGCCUCCGCCCUCCCCCCCGGGUCCUACGCCUCCCUGGGUCGAGUUCGAACCCGCAGGACGAGUUCAGGAAACGGUCCGUCUGUGACAGACAGCCGGGGGCGGAGCCGAGGGAAGGUCGUCUCACAGUCCCAACCCGGCAGUCGCUCAGGUUCCCCGGGUCGAGUCCUGAGCUCCGGCUACGGCAGAAUCCAGAGACCGGCGAUGGGCUCGGCCGCCGCCGGCAGCGCCUCCACCGCUCUGACGGAGAAGAGUCGACCCCGAGGUCACCGCAGCCAGGGCUGCAGCCGAGAGACCAGCCCCACCAGAUCAGGCCUGGCCCGGAGUCGAAUCCCCCGACCGAGCAUGAGUCAGGGCUGCAGCCGCGAAACCAGUCGCGAGAGCAGCCGCGACACCAGCCCCGCCCGGGGCUUCUCCCCCCUUGCGACUCGCCGUCACUCCCGCUCCACCAGCGCUCUGUCCUCGGCAGAGUGUUACUCAGACCGACUGGCCCAUCAGGCUCGGAUCUCGGCCUCGGUCGACGCCAUGAGGAUCCUGAACACCGGCACCGAGGUGGAGGCGGCGGUCGCCGACGCGCUGCUCUUAGGCGACUCCAGGAGUAAGCGGAGGCCGGUGCGGCGGCGCUUCGAGUCGCCGGGCAUCUACUCGGACGAUGAUGCUAACAGCGACGCCUCCAGCGCCUGCUCCGAGCGCUCGUACAGCUCGCGCAACGGCGGCGUGGGGCCGCACUACCUGCGCCAGACAGAGGACGUGGCCGAGGUGCUGAACCACUGUGCCAGCGCCAACUGGUCGGAGAGGAAGGAGGGGCUGCUGGGACUGCAGAGCCUCCUGAAGAGCCAGAGGAUGCUCAGCCGCGUGGAGCUGAAGAGGCUCUGUGAGAUCUUCACCAGGAUGUUUGCAGACCCUCACAGUAAGGUCUUCAGCAUGUUCCUGGAGACGCUGGUGGACUUCAUCGUGCUGCACAGGGACGACCUGCAGGACUGGCUCUUCGUCCUGCUCACCCAGCUGCUGAAGAAGAUGGGCGCCGACCUCCUGGGCUCCGUCCAGGCCAAAGUCCAGAAGGCUCUGGACAUCACCAGAGACUCGUUCCCGUACGAGCAGCAGUUCAACAUCCUGAUGCGUUUCAUCGUGGAUCAGACGCAGACGCCCAACCUGAAGGUGAAGGUGGCCAUCCUGCGCUACAUCGAGGCUCUGGCUCGCCAGAUGGACCCGUCCGACUUCGUGAACUCCAGCGAGACGCGCCUGGCCGUCUCACGCAUCAUCACCUGGACCACCGAGCCCAAGAGCUCCGACGUCCGCAAGACCCUUCACAACUGGGCAGGGGAGGAUUUCUCAGGCCGACCCAGCACUGUGGCCUCUCUGCCGGGGGAGGGUAACCUGGAGGAGAGGUGCAAGCAGGCGGCCCAGGUUGUGUUGAUCGCUCUGUUUGAGUUGAACACUCCUGAGUUCACGAUGCUGCUCGGAGCUCUGCCCAAAACCUUCCAGGACGGGACGACCAAGCUGCUGCACAACCACCUGAGGAGCGCCAGCGCCCACAGCGGCAUCUUCAUGGCGUCUCCCAGUAACUCAAUGGGUCGGCCUCCUCCUCGUCAGCCCGGCAGCCGCAGCAGUCCCCUGACCUCGCCCACCAACUGCUCCCACGGAGGACUGUCCCCCAGCAUGCUGGAGUACGACAGUGAGAACCUGAACUCGGAGGAGAUCUACAGUUCCCUGCGCGGCGUCACCGAGGCCAUUCAGAACUUCAGCUUCCGCAGCCAAGAGGACGUGAUGGAGCCGCUGCGGCGCGACGGCAAGAGGGACGGCACGUCCGGAGGCGGGGCGUCCUCGGACUCCGACCCCCGGCUCGGUGGCGACCCGGUGGAGGGCGGACGCACGGCGCUGGACAACAAGACGUCGGUGCUGAACACGCCUUCCCCUCGGUCCUUCGCCGGCCCGCGCUUCAGGGACUACAACCCGUACAACUACACGGACGGCAUCAGCGCGCAGGACAAAGCCGCCCUGAAGGAGGCGCUGUACGAGGACGCCGUGGAGCAGCUGAGAGACGGCCGUCGACAAGAAACCGUGGAGAACAAGAUCCAGAACCCGAAAACCUUCCCCGCGGGCCCGGCCGAGCAGCUGGAGCUGGUGGGGGGGCUGCUGAAGGAGCUGUCCCAGGGCCAGGCGGGGGAGCGGGGCCCCGAGGAGCGCCGGCACACGCUGCUGGAGCUGCUGAAGGUGGCCCGGGAGGACAGCCUGGUGGUGUGGGACGAGCACUUCAAGACCAUGCUGCUGCUGCUGCUGGAGACGCUCGGGGACAAAGACCACACCAUCCGAGCCCUGGCGCUCCGGGUCCUGAAGGAGAUCCUGAGGAACCAGGCCCCGCGCUUCAAGAACUACGCCGAGCUCACCAUCAUGAAGACGCUGGAGGCUCACAAGGACUCGCACAAGGAGGUGGUGCGGGCGGCGGAGGAGGCGGCGUCCACGCUGGCGGGCUCCAUCCACCCGGAGCAGUGCAUCAAGGUCCUGUGUCCCAUCGUGCAGACGGCGGACUAUCCCAUCAACCUGGCCGCCAUCAAGAUGCAGACCAGGGCCAUCGAGCGCAUCACCAAGGAGCCGCUGCACCAGCUGCUGCCGGACAUCAUCCCUGGCCUCCUGCAGGGCUACGACAACACGGAGAGCAGCGUGAGGAAGGCCAGCGUCUUCUGCCUGGUGGCCGUCUACUCUGUGAUCGGAGAGGAGCUGAAGCCCUACCUGGCUCAGCUGACCGGCAGCAAGAUGAAGCUCCUGAACCUCUACAUCAAACGAGCUCAGACGACCACGAGCAACAGCAGCAGCUCCUCCGACAUCUCGUCCUACUGAUGCUCCAGCAGCUGAUCCCACUUCCUGCUCCUCCACCAGCUGAUCCCACUUCCAGCUCCUCCACCAGCUGAUCCCACUUCCUGCUCCUCCACCAGCUGAUCCCACUUCCAGCUCCUCCACCAGCUGAUCCCACUUCCUGUGCCUCCAGCAGCUGAUCCCACUUCCAGCUCCUCCACCAGCUGAUCCCACUUCCUGCUCCUCCACCAGCUGAUCCCACUUCCAGCUCCUCCACCAGCUGAUUCCACUUCCUGCUCCUCCACCAGCUGAUCCCACUUCCUGCUCCUCCAGCAGCUGAUCCCACUUCCUGCUCCUCCAGCAGCUUCUCUCCAGGACCAGGAACCUGGACGUCCUCUUCUCUCCAUCAGCUGCUGUUAGAAGCCGAGGUCAUGUUGAGGAGGUGUGGUCAUCAUGGCUCCAGCUUCCGGGCCUUGAGCCUUGAGACUCCUCCUCCUCCUCCUCACUUCACACUGACUCUAUAAACCUGUUUCCCUCCGUCAGGUGAGUGAAAAGAGGAGGAAGAAGAGAAAGAAUCAGUAUUUUUAUUCCUCUCACAACCUUUUAAUCCAUUUCUUUGCUUUGACACAUCAAACCUUAUAAUCGUAUGUUGAAUGUAAAGAGCCACUGCCUCGCUCUCACGCUGGAUCCAACAUGUUCAUGAUGAAUUUGUGAAGAAAGUGGCACAAAGUCUUUAAAAGGCAGAAAUCAAGGGUCCAUCUGAAGAGCUUUUAUUUUGAAAUGUGGCCGACUGAGAUGUGGGACCCGUGUCUGUAUGAACUGAUCAUUUGGCGGGCCAAUGAUUCAAGCACUCCAGAGAUUUAAAAAGAAUACUCACCCUUUAUUAGUUUGGGCCAAAAACCAGAAGAAAUAUCAGUGUUAUUAGUUUUUACUCUAGGAACCAAACUUGUGAAGGAAAGAACAACAUUAUGACGUCUGUGGAAACUUAUCAGCUUUUACUUUUCAUUUAGAAUAAUCAACGAUUGAUGAGUGAUGUGGAAAAACAAGACGACCAAAUCAAACUAAAUUGAUUUAAUUAGAUUAAUAUAUUUUAUAGUAAAAUUCAAGUGACAAGUGAACCCAAGAAGUGAAUUGAAUCUAAAUAUCAAUUUAUUAUUGAAUUGAAUUAGUCUGCUGUCGAGUGGAGACUUCUGUCGUCAGAGUUUCAUUCCAAAAUACUUUAAUAUAUAUAAUUUAUAUGUUGUUGUGGAGUCUCAUCAGCAUCUAGAUGAAUGAACCUGUUGUUGUUGACUCUAAACAGACGAGUUGUUUCCUCCUGAACCGAAUGUUCGGUCACUUUAACACUUUGACCUCUGAAAUGUGAAGCGCCUGAAUCUGACAGAACCAGUUGAUCUGAAUAUUGAGACUGAACAAAAGAGAAGUAGAAGAAAAACGAUUAUCGAGCAAUAACCUGUAAGAACUCAGAUCUCCACGUGGUCAGCUGAUGUUGUUUCUGUCGCUGGUCAACGUCCAACAAGUGUCACGUCUUCUUUUUAAAGUGUCACGUGUGAUGAAGUCCGAUGUUACUGCUGCUUCUCAAAACACUAAUGAACCUGUGCACAAAGGUCAAAGGUCACAGGGACCAACGCACCAGCUGACAAACACUCACACUCUUCACUUUCCUGCCGAGAACCAGGUGACUCUCUGGAGCUCCAGCUGCAGACAGAUGUUCUAUCUACAUUCUUUAUCUCCUGAUUCCAAAUCAGUUUUCUAUUUGUUGCUUUACUUUGUAGCAGCUGUUUGAAAGUUGUGUUGAAAUUAGUUUGUGCCCUCGUGGUAUCAAAUCAUUCCCUCAGCUCCACUCGGAUCCAGAUGUUUCCAGUGGUGCAGCUUCUGGUGUGAGAUCAACAUCUGGUCUGGUUCUCGGCCAGAAGGUGAAUAAUAAUAAUAAUAAUAAUAAUAAUGAGACAGUGAGUGGGAGGUGAGGAAGCUGUGACUGGAGAGUUCCAGAGCUUCUCACACGUUCACGCUCUUUGUCUUUGCAUCACGACUGUUGAACGUUCUGCACCAGCGCCCGACCUCGCUGCCCCCCCCCCCCCCCCCCACCGGAGACAUGUCCACUCACAAACACUUUACUUUACUCUGGUUUGUACAGAGAAGUCAAACUAAACGUGUGAAGUGCGUCUGCAUGCGUCCGCCACAGGAAGCGAGGGAUGUCUCCUCCUGAGCUCCUGUCCCAGGUUCUCCUGAAGGUGGCCUCUGGCUCCAGAUCUGUUCUGGUUUGUUUUCCCUGUUCAAUGCUAACCUGAACUAACCUGAACUAACCUGAACUAACCUGAACUAACCUGAACUAACCUGAGUUAACCUGAACUAACCUGAACUAACCUACCCUCACCUGAACUCACUACUUCUCACUGCUUCUCACUGCUUCUCACUCGAGUGUCACUGAGGCCUCGGAGCAGUGCUGUAAAUACACCCACAUGUUUUCCAUGGAAACCACUCACCCUGCAUGUUAUUAGUUUAAUUUACUCUAUAAGAUAUUUAUAUAUAUUCAGUUUAUUUCCCUGUGUAUGAAUGUACAUAUUUACCUGUUGGGUUCUCUCUCCUGUGACUCUGCAGAACUUGAAAUAAACAAAUGUCAGACUUCUUUUC